CAACUCUAGACACCGUAGGUGAGGCGAACAAGUAGGGCGAAGACGAUGAAAGUGUGUCUGUUUUAGUUCGCCGCGGGGCCCGUCACAUCAGCGUAACGUUAUUAAUCGUUUUAUUCAGGCUAGCCAAUGUCAUUAUCAGGUUAUAGCGCUGCCCAAAGAAAGAAAAAAAAAAGCAACCAGAGCGAGCCACUCUGAAUUAACGGCUAAUUACUGGUGUCGUAGGAGAAGGGGGGUCCGGUGCGCUUAUUUUUUUUUUAUUUUUUUAUUUUUUUUUAGCUUGAAGGAUAUCAAUAAAUUCUUGUCUCGAAAUUUUUUAAAAAAAAUUUCGCCCGGUGGUCUCGUAUGAACCGCGUCGAGGCAGCGGCGAGGGGUCGGGGGCUCCGCCAGCAGCAGCAGCAGCAGCAGCAGAGCCGGGCUUCAGGAUGAGGAUGCCGCGGGGAGGACGCCUGUUCCUGGCGACGUGCCUCGGCUCGCUCUUCGUGCUCGUGCUGUACUUCCAGAGCAUCACCAAACCAGAACCUAGUUUCAAGACUGGCAGCAGACCAAGGAAAAGCAGAAGUCCGCUGCAGACCCUCUACAAUGGAGACCAGCAGCUGGAGCUGUUGGCAGCUCAGAGGUCCCUCCAAGGCCGCAGGGAGCUGUUGGAGCAGGCCUGUCUGAGCCACACGAGGAAGCGGCGGGUGCUUUCGCCUGAGGAUCUCAAACACCUCAUUGUGGAUGACAAACACAGCCUUAUUUACUGCUACGUACCCAAGGUAGCCUGCACCAACUGGAAGCGUGUCCUCAUGGUCCUCACCAGCGACGGCCGCUACACCGACCCCCUCGCCAUCCCUGCCAACGAGGCCCACGUCGCUGGUAACCUCCGCACCCUGUCGGAGUUCUCGGUCCCGGAGAUCAACAAACGCCUCCGCAGCUACCUCAAGUUCAUCUUCGUGCGGGAGCCUUUUGAGCGCCUGGUGUCGGCCUACAGGAACAAGUUCACGCGGAGCUACAACACCGCCUUCCACAAGCGCUACGGAACCAAGAUCAUCCGCCGACACCGGCCCGACCCCGACCCCGAAGCUCUGGAGCAGGGGAGUGACGUGUCCUUUCACGAGUUCGUCCAGUAUCUCGUGGACCCUCGGACGCAACGGGAGGAGCCUUUCAACGAGCACUGGGAGCGGGUGCACUCCCUCUGCCAUCCCUGCGUGAUCCACUACGACGUGGUGGGGAAGUACGAGACUCUGGAGCCAGAUGCUCAGGCUGUGCUCAGAUUAGCCGGAGUGGAGGAGACGCUUCAAUUUCCUACGUCUGGCAAGAGCACCAGGACUGACGGCAACAUGGCGGCACGCUUCUUCAAGCACAUCAGCCCUUUCUAUCAGAAGAAACUGUUCAACCUGUAUCGAAUGGACUUCUUGCUCUUCAACUACUCCACACCAGAGUAUCUCAGGACUCGAUGAGGAGCAGAGAGGACUGACGGAUCAGUUUUCCUUUGACUUUACAGCGAUGAUAAUUUUGCACUUUUUGGCUGCCAUGGACUUUGAAUGCCGAUCCCUGCCUAUCUAUCACAAGCACACACUUGUCACUACAACACAAAAACAAACGUGGAGAGUGACUUGAUUUUCUGGUUUCUGUGAGUGGGACUUUUUAUAAGAAAGGCAAAUUCUAAAGAACACAGUGUGUGCUGUAAUCUGCCAUCAUCUGUCACGUAUGUCGGUUUUCAGUAUGACAACGGUACAUCGCUUUGACGUUCAGCAGAACAGGAUGCAGAUGCUGCUGAUACGUGAACCGUCAUCACCAACCAAUUCUUUUUCUAUUUAUUUUCGUUUCUCACCGAGACCUUUCGUCGUCAAAUUGAGCAAACCUCACUUUGACUUCUCAUUGAGUUGCUGUUGAGCAGGUGAAAUGUGCGUCACCAGCGUCCAUGCAGUGCCCACUACAGAGAAAAUGCUCCCAUGGCUUGAUAUAUUUUCUUCUGAGAACUAAUGAGCCAUAAAUAAAAGUCACACUUCAGAGGAGCAGGUUCUCUUCUCACAGGUGAAAGUGCUGACUGUGAAACUGAGGACAGCAGAUUGUGUCAGAGCACCUACAGAACAGUAUCUCUGGAAGGCCUUUAUUUAUGUCUGUCAGUGCAUAAAGUAUUUAUUGUUAUAGAAAACGAGGAUUCGGCCUCCUGAUUUUGUGAAAAUGAGUUUUAUAUGGAGGCUUUCCUCUCGCAGAGUGAAUAUUUACUUUCACGGAAAGUUCCUUGCUGUCUCGGCUUUUGCACAUAAACUGAUGCCAAAUAGAAAAAUCUUCUGCCGUAUCCACCCACUGAUCAAAAAAAAACUACACCCAGGACUCAUCGAAGUUGUCACAGCUCUCGUGUCUUACACAAAUGUCUGAGUCACGUGCAGGGAAACUUGCAGUCUCUCGAUCAUUCCGGUAAAAGCUCGUUGCCAUCUCCCGUCUAUCGCUGUCUGUAUUUAGCUCUGGGCAGGUAGGCUGAACAAACAACCGCAUAGCUGUGGUCGGGGCUGGGUCCAGCCCAGCACGACGCCUGCUCAGAGCUCCCCUUGUUAGCUUGAACGCAGGCACAUGAAGGGUUAAUCCAGCUACAGUCGUCUGCACUGCGGGGCCUUGUUCAGUAAAUGUGUCAGAAUUUAUGGUAAAAAAAAAAUGGAGGCUAGGAAAAUGUUUAUUAAUGGCCUGCAGUGUCUUCUCUCUGACAGGAAAAUCCAACGAUUUUACACAUCAAAGUCUGUUCCCCUCUCGGUGGAGUGUGCUGGCAUUUGUGAAGAAAGUUAAAUAAAGAUGUUAUUAGCUGCUCCUCCCUGAACAUGACAGACCUGAACAUCCAAUCUGUGUGCGAUCGACUUGCCUUGUAUGUCAGGUGGGCACCAGAACACGUUAGAUGUGAAGAAGAUGAUCUCUGGCUCUGCUUGUUUUCAACCCUCUGAACCCCAAGCUCCUGUCACUAUUCUGAAAAAAAAUCUAAAACUUUGUGUUACUAAUACCGUGAAAUAUAGAUAUUUGACAACUUAGAUUUUUGUUUUCCAGCUUUUAGUCGAUCUGCUCUGUGUCACAGUCUGCAGUUCAGUCAAGAAGUCUUUUGGUCGUGUGACUGUUGGUUGCAGACGAAUGGCUUCAUAGUUGUGCAGAGUAGCUCAGGGUUUUUAGUUUUUUAUAGAAUAAGGUCCAAAUGUUUUCUCUUUUUUUUUUUGACAAGCCUUUAAAUGAGACAUAAACUAAAAUAAUUUUGAUGAAACAUCACUAAUUUAAGCUUAUCUUUGGUUAAGUUUUCCAGCCAAGUGGCGCAUCACAGACGAGUAGUUAACUGAUUGUCGGGAAGUUAAAUCUUCUGUUUGUACGUUUUUCGUUGUAAAGAAUUGUGGCGUUUUGGUGAUUUUAUGAAGUUCAGAGGGUUGAACUGCAGCACAGCAGGAGAGCAGGCACUGAUCGUCCCAUUAGCAAGACACCCACCGAGGGUUUUAAGAAGAGCAAAGAACAGACUCACUGAUAAAAAUUCUUUUAAUUUAUUCGCGAGAUUAUCUCGGGCAUUUUCCAGGAAGACGAAUAAUCUGACACAAAGUAGAAGUUAAACACAGACAGCAUUCAAUCGAUUUGUAACUUGAGAUGAUGCCAGAAAGUUGGUCGUCGGUGCCACUGACAUAAAACGUGUUACCAAAAAUAAUAAACCAAUCAAAUAAAUGUAUCUCAGUACAAACUCCUGUUAUUUAAAUACCCCAGCACAGCCGACGGAUGCUACCAACAGCAUCCGGCUCACGUUAUUAGAUACUGCGUUAGCCUAAACAAGCUAACGUUAGCCGUCACAGACAGCAGCGGGAACAUUUCAGGAUUUGCCCAUUUUGACGACAUGUUGUUAACGUAACAACGGAGAAGUUUGAACCCUGCACAGGUCUGGAUGUCUGACUUUGAGCUGCUUAGGUCAGGACACACGACUGUGGUUCUUUUAUGUCGGCUGCUGCACUUGUCCAGUAUUUAUUGUACCUGCAGUACUUUAGCGAAACAAAGUACCAUCACGUGGUACCAGUAUUGAUCCGCAUGACUUUUAACAUGUAACCCAGAGUCUUUUAGUCAAACAGGUCAGCUGAACGGGAUAAACAUAAGCACAUAACAUUACAUAUACAGUAUUGCCCAAACCGCAUUUAUUUAUUUUCUGUUUUCCUUUAUUUAUUGACAACAUUUUGAUCCCGGUCAGAUCUUCAUCAGGCAAUAACAUACAGCGUCACUUUGCUUCUCCUCUACUCAGGACGUCUCGAGGCUACGCCGUUCAUCAUAUCAGAGAUUAAUUGACAGCUGGCAUUAAUCUGAACCUGACAUUUCUUUAUUAGCUCGAAUUUAACACAAAACAACACUGCAGUCAAGAUAUUAGUUUUGCUCUGAAAGUGUGCCCGUCGAGACAAGUUAGCAGGAGACAGUUUAAUGUCAUCUUUUUAUCUUUCAGAUAUCUCUUUUUGUAAAAUAUGUGUUUUUUUUGUGCGACAGGCCCAGGCUGGCCCACUCCGCAAACAAAAAAUAUGCAAUAUCAGUGCGUUACUGUGGGUAUGUGUUAAGAGCCGUGUCUGUAUCGAAGACUUUGUUCAAGCCUUAAAUUUUGUGCCAUAUUUUAGUUUUUUUUUUUUUUCUUCUUGUUUGCAGCCAUGGAAUACAGGGUGUUCAUUGUAAUGCUUUCCUGUGUAGCAGUGUGUAAUUUAAGCCAUAAUUUGCAAGAAGCUGUGACUCGCCAGACGCCGAUCACACCCUUUGUGUUUCUUCCCUUCUGGGCCCAAUGACAUACUGCACAAAAUAUAUGUCUUACCUUUUAAUUUUGUGGAAAAAACACAAGAACAACGAGUGGCGUCUUCUUUGAAAAGGGAUUCAACGUGCUAAAUAUUCAUCUCGAACGCCCGGACGUCGCCGUGUGGGGACGCAGCUCUUCAAAGAUCUUCAAUUUUUAUUUUCCGUAGAGUCAUUGUGAAAUAGUGAGCACAAACUGAAAGUAUCCCUCGCGCGCUCAUGCAGUCUCUCGUGCCACAAAACUGUGAAUGUGAUAACUGAAGUGCACUUGCUGGUGUGAUGAUGAUGAUGAUGAUUGACUGGUUACCUUGAAGUUUCAACAAAUACAGACCCCCAACAGCAACACUGA